CCUUCUCAGAAUUACAGCCCGGAGGUCACAGCCUGGGAGGAGACUUUGGCAGUAUCAGCGCCGCCCCAGUACCAUUGAAGUCCCUUCCGCCAGCCGCACCCAUGCUUCUGGCGCGAAUGAACUCGCAGGUGCAGCCAGAGAACAGCGGGGCGGACCCGGGACCCCAGCAUCCCCUGAAGGGGUGCAGAGCUGCGGAUGUGGUAGUGGUGAAGGACAGUAACGGCGUUCAGUGCCUCCUGGCGCCCAGCGGCGGCGACUCGCAGCCCAGGGAGACAUGGGGCAAGAAGAUGGACUUCCUGCUGUCGGUGGUGGGCUUCGCUGUGGACCUGGCCAACGUCUGGCGCUUCCCCUACCUCUGCUAUAAGAACGGCGGUGGUGCCUUCCUGAUCCCGUACACCCUUUUCCUCAUCAUUGCUGGCAUGCCCCUAUUCUACAUGGAGCUGGCUCUGGGACAGUACAACCGGGAAGGGGCAGCCACCGUUUGGAAGAUCUGCCCACUCUUCAAAGGAGUCGGCUACGCUGUGAUCCUCAUCGCAUUCUACGUCGGCUUCUACUACAAUGUCAUCAUCGCCUGGUCGCUCUACUACCUCUUCUCCUCCUUUGCCUUCAACCUGCCCUGGACUGACUGUGGCCACGCCUGGAACAGCCCCAACUGCACUGACCCUAAGCUCCUCAAUGGCUCUGUGCUGGGCAACCACACUAAGUACUCCAAGUAUAAGUUCACGCCAGCAGCAGAGUUUUAUGAGCGUGGCGUCCUGCACCUUCACGAGAGCAGCGGGAUUCACGACAUUGGCUUGCCCCAGUGGCAGCUCUUGCUCUGUCUGAUGGUCGUUGUCAUCGUCCUGUAUUUUAGCCUCUGGAAAGGAGUGAAGACAUCAGGAAAGGUCGUGUGGAUCACAGCCACGCUGCCUUACCUUGUGCUGUUUGUGCUCCUGAUCCAUGGCAUCACGCUGCCCGGUGCUUCCAAUGGCAUUAAUGCCUACCUGCAUAUCGACUUCUACCGCCUCAAAGAGGCCACGGUGUGGAUUGAUGCUGCAACCCAGAUAUUUUUUUCCCUGGGGGCUGGAUUUGGUGUCCUGAUCGCAUUUGCCAGCUACAACAAAUUUGACAACAAUUGCUACAGGGACGCCCUCCUGACCAGCACCAUCAACUGCGUGACCAGCUUCGUCUCUGGAUUCGCUAUAUUCUCCAUCCUUGGGUACAUGGCCCACGAGCACAAGGUCAACAUUGAAGAUGUUGCCACUGAAGGAGCUGGCCUAGUGUUCAUCCUGUAUCCGGAAGCCAUUUCUACCCUGUCGGGGUCGACCUUCUGGGCUGUCGUGUUUUUCAUCAUGCUCCUGGCAUUGGGCUUCGACAGCUCAAUGGGAGGCAUGGAGGCUGUCAUCACGGGCCUGGCUGAUGACUUCCAGAUCUUGAAGCGACACCGGAAACUCUUCACACUCGCUGUCACCAUUAGUACUUUCCUUCUGGCCCUGUUUUGUAUAACCAAGGGUGGCAUCUAUGUGGUGACUCUGCUGGACACCUUUGCGGCGGGCACCUCCAUCCUAUUCGCUGUGCUCGUGGAGGCCAUCGGAGUGUCCUGGUUCUACGGUGUGGACAGGUUCAGCAACGACAUCCAGCAGAUGAUGGGGUUUAAGCCAGGCCUGUACUGGAGACUAUGCUGGAAGUUCGUCAGCCCUGCCUUCCUCCUGUUUGUGGUCGUGGUCAGCAUCAUCAACUUCAAACCACUCACCUACGACGACUACGUCUUCCCAUCCUGGGCCAACUGGGUGGGCUGGGGCAUUGCCGUCUCUUCCAUGGUCCUGGUCCCUGCCUACGUGAUCUACAAGUUCCUCAGCAUCCGGGGUUCCCUUUGGGAGAGACUGGCUUACGGCAUCACGCCAGAGAAUGAACACCACCUGGUGGCCCAGAGAGACGUCAAACAGUUCCAGCUGCAGCACUGGCUGGCCAUCUGAACCUGGCCCUGAGGAGGCGGAGGUGGAGCCCCGCCAAGCCAGUGUCCAGGUCAGCUGCAUCCGCUCCGCUCCUGCCCCAGACACUGUCUGUCUGGGGCUUGUCCUCCUGGAAGAUGUCCUUUCUGAACCCCUCUCCUUUGCCCAGUUCCAAAUGACUUAGUGACUCUGAUUUGUGUUCAUCUUCCGUUUAUCUGGCCUCUGGACUGUGACUUGGAGGACUGCCAGCCUCGAGGGAGAGGAGAAGAGAGAGAGUAGGGGAGACAGCUCCUGGUGAAGCCCUUGGUUUGAGAGAGUCCCAGCACUGGGGAGAGACUGUCUGAGCAAAAGGUAGAACCUCCAAGCACGCUGGCUUGUCCUCUGGGACAAGGAAGAAAUUGUCAGGCCACCAAAUCAGACAGAAGAGGGGCUUCAGUGAGAAAAUGAAAAUGAAAAUGGAGAGCAAGCAAGCAACAGACAUAAAACCUGUUUGGCUUCUGGGGAAAGUACCACUCAUCCUCCGUCUCCCUGGCCCAUCCUGGUCUGUGCUCUGGCCUGUGAGCCUCAGUCUGGAAGACUGGGUCUGGUUGUCCCUCAAGUGAAGCCAGGGACCAGAGGCUUUGCAGGAUCCUGAGCUAGUUCGUGUCUACCCCGGCUAAUCUGAGUCUGGGUUGAGCGUGUUCCAGAACCUUCCUCUGACUUCUGGACACCAGAGGGUCCAAUACCACCAUGGUGUCAGGAGAAGA